AGCACUGAGCUCACUGCGUAAAGCCGGCGCCAUCUUCGAUUCUACACAAACUUUACUUCACCUGAAUAAGUUAAGUUUAUUUACUUUACAACUACUACACUUCUAUCAAAACCCGCCUGAACUGUCACUUAUAAGUUUCCAUUUCAACCCGGCGGGUUUUUUUCGUCUCACUUUGCUCUUAGACAAAGAUAGGGGUCGUUAAACGUUAGAGUACCGUGUAAAGUAACGGUAGCUAGCAUGGAGCUCCGGUGCAGUCACUGCGAAAGUCCCAUAGAGAGACAAGCCAAAGGGUAUAAAAGGAAGUCUUUAUUGACAUUAAUCGAUUUAAAGAGCGCAGAAAAACUCUUCCCGGGUUUAAACCCCCGUGAGGCGUUUCUAUGUUUCUCCUGUGUCCGUCAGGUGUACCAGAAAACUAAGAAAAACGGUAAAAGGCGUGUUUUUGUGGACCCAAACCCCCCCUCUUGUGCGGCUCCUUCUACCCGGCCUGCCUCCUGUAUUCCGGGGGAACCGCCGCCUCUGAAGAAGCUCAAGAAAAGACUCAAAACUCAGAUGAACGAGCACGACUAUGCGACCCGGGACAUGGAGCCCGGAUCCUGCAGACCUCCGCCGGCCAGACGCCUCCGCCGAGGGCCGGUGUCCCAGGUGAGUGGGUUCCUGAGGAGGAGGAACUUCAGCUCCGCUCUGAACCGCCUGCUGCAGGAGUCCGGCUUCAGAGAGGCUCUCAUCAAAGUGUGCGGGAAAAUCAUUUCAAACGAGCGUAAACAGAUGGUGAAUGACCUGGAGGGGCCGUUCAGGAAGCCCUUCAGCCCUGAGAACCUGUCUGCCUUCAGCUGGGAUCAGACUACUUCCUGGGCCGAGGGUAAGGCUCCUCUGACUGUAGCCUGCCUCCGGUCCAUGUUCCCCCCCGCCAAAAAGAUCCAGAAACUGACCGUCAACUACAGUCCUGGGAACAAACCACGGCGGAUGACGGAGGAGGAGGUGAAGCAGAUGUUGGAGCGCAGGAUCUGCCUCCUUCUGUCAGUGCCUCUCUACACCAGCUCCCUCAGGUCCUGCUUCCUGCAGACGGCCUUCAGCGUGGAGAUGCUGCGUCACCGCUGCCCCGUCACAAUCUUCUCCGUCACCAACAGCCUCGGCCUCUCGAUGUCCAAAACCACCGCCAGGAUCCACGUCCGGAAACUCGCCGAGGAGCACGAGCGAACGGUGAAGCGGUGGAGAGACGAAAUCCAGACGACCAGAGGGACUCAGUACUGCAGUGAAGACUCCAAAAAGGCGGCAGCUUACACCUUCAGCUGGGGAAAAGUCCGGGUGCCGUCAGUGUUCAGGUCUGAUUCUACUGAGCGAGGAUACAGUUUUGUAACGUGGGCGUUUCGCUUCGCUCAUCAAGCUCGGGUUAAUUUUCGUAACCUGCACGGACCUCCGAUAAAAGCAGUGGAAGUUUCUCCUUACAGCAUCCUGCCAGCCAAAGAGACGUACGAGUCGUUGCGACAGCGUAUGAAGACGUUAGUGAUGCGGAUCAUCGCCGACAACCUGACGGCCCUGAAAGGACCGAGGGGACGAGUGGAGAGACACAUUCCUCACAAAUACUCCUCCCUGAUGAAGGAGCAGAGCAGCACCGUGAGUCUGGGUGCAGUGAUACCGAACCUCACGGAGGAAUCUGUCAGCGCGGCGUUCGGCCUGAAGGACUUCAUCCCUGAGGUUUCUGGGACUCCGCAUCACAUCCUGUGUUGUGGAGACGUCCUCAGCACCGAGAGGAAGGAGCAGAGCAACGAAACCCAGAACAACGAAACUCCAAAGCAGAACCCUGAGCUGAAGUUUGACGGACUCGUUGAAGCUCCACCAGAGUUUCAGAAGGAACACCUGUUCCACGAGGAAAUGAUGAAGAUGCUUCUCAGUGAGAAGAGUGAGAACGCUCGAGGAACUCUUCAUCACAUCGUCUCGCUGUUUCACUUCAAGACGUUUAACAACACGGCCAAAGAUUACUUCCUGAACAUCUGGGACUUCAUCACGUUUGUGACGUCGGCCUACGUGACUCUGUUUGCUGUGACGGCCUGUGGUCUGGACUCUGUGGACCAGAGACCCUCAGACUUGCCCCCCCAGGCCUCUGCUCAGAUGGACUGGCUGAGAGACCUCGCUCACAGACUGGUGGACCUGGUGUGGAUGCCUCCGUCUCAGGAGGACAUCAACAUGGCUGCUGCUGCUGCUGCUGAGCAGAGUGACGGAGAGAAGAGGAACAUAUUCCCCUUCUGUUACUGCAGAGAAGAGAAACCAGGAGAGCGUCUGGUUCGCUGCUGCAGUAACUUGUGUCCGAGGAUCUGGUUUCACGAAAGCUGUGUUCAGACUCGGACCCUCUCAGAUCAGGAUGAGGAUCAGGAUCAGGAUCAGGAUGAGGAUCAGGAUCGGUUCUGUGGUCCGGACUGCGGCUCAGACGGGACGUACGCUUACUGUCAGUGUAAGGAGCGGAGGGGGGGGCAGAUGGUCCAGUGUGGCCUGAUGGAGCGCUGCAGGGAGCACGAGUGGUACCACCGAGCCUGUCUGACAGACGCCCAGCAGAGCAACAACCAGCACAGUGAGACUUAUAUUCAAGCCUUUCCUAAAUCUCCGUGGUUCUGCUCCUCCUCCUGCUCCAUGGGGGGGGGCGGGGAGGAGGACUUCCUGUUGAACUACACUAAGGCGGUGUUGUGGGAGGGGCUUAACCACCUGGCCCGACGGGACGCCAUCCAGGAGGGAGACGGAGACGCCAUGACGGACUUCUGGAGGACGGACAUGGUUCUGCUGUGGAGCCGAAAACACCUGCAGCUCUUCAACAGCAGCCACCAGCUGAUCACAGGGAUCGAGGGGUUCUACCCGGAGCGAGUCAGACAGGACAUGAAGUGGAACCGAGUUCUGAAUCUUCAGGGAACAUCGGGAGGGAACGUCAGCCUGGAUCUCCUCACUGAGCUCAUGAUCAACGAGUUCAAAGGUGGGAUAGAGUUCGGUAAAGGCAGCUUCACGUCUCAGCAGGUGGAGCAGAGCGCUCACCUGGCUGGAGAUCAGGCCAAACAUCUGGACCGACUCUUCUUCACGGGAGGAAACCCUCUGAACCUGUCCUCCUGUCUGCACCGCCUCACAAACACCUCCUCCUCUUCAUCCUCCUCUUCUUCAUCCUGCAAGAGGACAGCCGACGUGUCCAGGUUUGUGGACGAGUUCAAGAAGGACGAGCUGUUCAGUUUCAAACCGGGCAGAAAGCAUCCGGGCUUUGAGAAGUUCCUCUUCCCUCAGAGGGUGAGGAACCCGAAGAAGAUGGGGAGGAGCGUGAGGAGUCUGAGUGAGGAGCUCGACAGACGGAGAGACAACAUCCUCUGAGAGACGCUCGAGGCACAGCUGGAGUUCAACCAUCAUCUAUAGGAACUGACUUUUGGGAUUCUACGUUUGUUAAGUUGUAUUUACUUCAGGAGCACACGACUACGGGAGCGACACAGUUACGGGGAGCGACACGAG